UAGCCAAUCCAUAUACCUUUCAUGGCGCUUGUUGUAUUCUGUUGGCGUUGAGUUGGUUCUGUACACCUUAUGCACCUUAUGCAUUGAAUUUUUCUGCGAAACGCUAAAUAAGCUAUAAUGGCUCAGGUAAAUUCAGAGCUAUGUAAGGUUAUCGAUACGCUUACAUCUUCGGCAGCGGUGCAUGUCAAAAAGGAGUGCAUGGCAAAACUGAAGCUGUUGUGUCGUUCAUCCGACCGUUUGUUGAGGGAAGCCUGUGAUCUGUUGAAGGAGAGGCUGGAGGAAGACGACGCCGACGUCCGUUUAGAUACGCUUGCUGUCAUUCAUGAACUGUUCACUAGGUCGCACUUAUUUCGGACGUUAAUCUUGGAAGAUUUUCAGAGGAUCCUCGAGCUGCUUGUCGAAACAAACCCAGACUUGCCGCUUCCCGGAACUCCGGCAGCCGCCAAGAAUUUAAAGACGAAAUCAUUGGAAACGAUCGAAAAGUGGAACGAGAAAUUCGGAGCCAGCUACAAAAUCCUUUCCCUUGCCGUGGAAUACUUGAAGACCUGUGAAAAGAAGGUGCAGCGAGCGGAAGAGCAGCCCGCCUGGUCUCGAAGGCUUCUUUCUGAGAUUUCUGAGCGGACACCAGAUGUGCAGCUGAUUGUCACGCAAAUGGAAAACUGCUUUCGUCUGUUGGUGCCCAGUGAGGCAGAAGAAGACGAAGGCAAGGAAUCUGUACGCACCAUAGAUCCAUUGCCAGGAACAUCAUUAGCCGAGCGUCUUAGAGAUCAUGCAGUGCCUUUGACAUUCAGUCUGGAAAUAGAAGUGUCACGGAAAGUGAAUGUGCUGAAGACAGCGGACAAUGAAGAAGUUUUGGAUACCCUGAGACGACUCCACAAAGAGCUAAUGGAGACGUUCUUUCCAAUGGUUAAAAAGUGGCUUAAAGGACUGGCCAAGUUUGACCACCCAAGAGAGGUACUGAGGAACACAAUUGACCUCAAGCACCGCAUUGAAAUUGUACAUGAGAAGUUUGGAGAUUUAAAUGUGGGAUCUGAGGAGUCAUCUGACAGUGAACUUGAAGAGGUGCCAGAAAAAGAAGGCUAUGAACCUGUGGUUCCUGCUGGCCGCCGGGCUGAGUAUGGUCUUGGCCCUGUAGAGAAAAAGCCAAAAGUAAAGACGCCAGAUAAAGCCACUCAACCUAAGGAACCUCAUGAAGUGUCUGACCCAACUUCUCGAGAGGCACAACUGCGGAGGCUUAACAAGUUUCUUGGCAGCGAAUGCAGCAGUAAUGAUGGCAAGCCAAUUGGUAAGAUUGUGCCCAGUACUAAAGACCUCGAGGAGGCUGGUCCAAGCACAUCGAACAGUGCUCCAGUACGAGAUAUUGACCUAGACUUGAUUUACUGGGAACAAGACAAAAUUGAAAAAGAAGGAGGCAGUGGCUUCAGUGACCUGAAUUGUGUCUGGAAGGGGACCUCCAAAGAUGAUAACGUGCAAGCAAAGGAAUUGCCAUUUCGGGAGAGGCGCAUUGAAUUUAGUGGGAAAUUUGAGCCAGUUAAGUGGACCUGCCGUGCACCACUUCCUAGUGGCAAAUUAUGCCCUCGACGUGAUCGGCUGAAGUGCCCUCUGCAUGGCCUCAUUGUUGCAAGGGAUGAUCUUGGCAACCCACGGGACUCAAGCUUAGUGCAGCCAACUCCGAGUGUGCCUGAGUGGCAAGAUCCUCAGCUGCUGCGGGACCUUGAGGCUGCCACAGGUGUCCAGCUACGUGUGGGCCGACCAGUACGGAAGCAGCGCACUCGUCGUGGUCCAGUAACCACUGCGAGGCAGCGCCUCGAGAAGAAGGUUUUCAACAAACGGGCAGCAAAAAGAGUGGCUGAAUCAAUGGAUUCUAUUGACAGCAAGAAGUUCCAGGACAAGUUUGGCCAUCAGUGGAACUAUGCAUUAGGGACAUGAGAGAGCUAACAAUUUGCUGUAUGAUAGGCUCGCAUAGUUCUGCCUCCUAUGAACUUGGAUGAAGGGACCUGCUGCAGAACACCUUUUGAAUUUCUAAUCGCAUUAAGUUGGUGCUGAGCAUGACCUCAGCACAAACAUGGGUGAUUGCCAAGGCAGUGAUGCUGAGCACAAUGAGCUGAAAUGUCUGGGUGGGUUUGUUAUAAAAUUAAACUGACCAUCGAGAAAGCACCGUGUGGUUGAUGGUUUCUCCAUAUAUGUUUGAAAUACCUUGUGAGCAGCAUGUAGCUUUGUUCAGGAGGUAGUGUGCUACUGUGUUAAUGCAUUCGUCACAUUGAACACACAUGUUCUCUAUGCAGCAAUGACCUCCCACCAUUUUGGAGUAACAAGUACCGUAUUUUCUCGCAUAUAACCCGCACCCCUAACUUUAACUCUGCAAAAAGAAAAAAAAAAUUAUGCAUAUAUAACCCCUGUAUAGUAUAACCCGCACCCCACUUUUUAAGCCCAUUUUUUCGAUUUUUUGGUGUGGGUUGUAUGCGAGAAAUUAUGGUAUGUUCUUCAGUGAACAUUUUUCAUGAGGCUUAUUGCUGUCUCAUCUUGAAAAUGAUCUGUCACUUUGUCACAAACUAUUGUGAUUUCAUUUGAUCAAAUUCGGUCUGCCUUUUUGCUGGCAUUUAUGUUUGACCACUAUGACCUGUAUAGAGGAGGAAAUACAUAAAUACUCGCUGAAACGUGUCAAAGAACAAGAGAUGCUUAUGCUUGUAAAGCAUGAUUCGCUCGGUGGAUUUCAUGCGUGGUGGUCGCGUCGUCCGCGAUGCCGAGUCUUCUCCGCCUCUUGCCGAUCGUCGUGUCACUACGAACGGUUGCGUUGUCCGCUACGCCGUGCACCUCUCUCGGAUUUAGUUUCGACUCUCUGUGAUGUCCGUGCCUCUGGCUGAUCGUCGUGCCGUGACGGCUCCCACGUCAGCCAAGUAGAGCACCUUUCACCGAUUAAGGCCCGCCCUUCCGUGAUGUCCUCGUGCACUGGCUCAUCGUGCCCCGUCCAUGAACUCCGCUGACCGGAUCCCCCACUCCUACUCUUUCCUAUUACUACUCUUUUAAUCCCUUCUUAUCCCAUCCCCCUGAGAGCUACUGCUGAGGUGUCAUCCUUGAGAUAGACAGUUGCGGGGCUCUCAUUUUUCCUCACUUCCUGUUUUUUUAUUAUUAUCAAGAAUCACUUCCCCCUUGUAAAGCAUGAAUGAACCGUUUCUUGCACUGUCUCAUCAGAUGCACGCUAUACAUACAGAUAAUGUCAGUGGAAAUGUGACAAACCAUUGAAGCAUGAAUUCACCACAAUCCUUUUUAUAGCAUUGUUACUUGUUUAGAAUGCAAUGGUUGAGUUGGCGGGAAGUUGAAUGGCAUUGGAUCUCUUUUCCGUAAGAGUAUGAAAAUAAAAUGGUUCUCUAAGGUUA